AUGGCCGCCGUUGAGUUCGCUUCCCGCAAGCCUGAGCUUGGUAUGGAGAAGGUUAUCAACCCUCGCCGCCAGGACUCUGGAUACGCCUCUCCCUGCGACUCUCCCCGCCUCACCGUCCAGCUCAACGAUGGCAACGAGAUCCCCCAGAUUGCCCUUGGUGUCUACAAGGCCCCCAACGGCCAGGAGACUGAGGAGGCUGUCAUCGCCGCCCUCGAUGCCGGAUACCGCCACAUCGACUCUGCUGCCAGAUACGCCAACGAGGAGGCUUGCGGCCGCGCCCUGAAGAAGUGGCUCCAGAAGACUGGCACUCCCCGCAGCGAGGUCUUCAUCACCACCAAGCUCUGGGAUGCUGACCACGGCUACGAGGCUACCUUCAACGCCCUCUGCGACUCCCUGAAGAAAUUCCAGCUCGACUACUUCGACCUCUACCUCAUCCACUCCCCCUCUGACGACAAGGAGAAGCGCAUUGCCUCCUGGAGAGCUCUUGAGACUGCCCAGCGCCUCGGCAAGGUCCGCUCCAUUGGUGUCUCCAACUUCGGUGUCAACCACCUCGAGGAGCUUAUGGCCGAGACCUCUGUUGUCCCCGCUGUCAACCAGAUUGAGGUCCACCCCUUCCUCCAGCGCCAGGACCUCGUCGACGUCUGCCGCCAGCACGGCAUCGCCAUCGAGGCCUACUCUCCUCUCGCACGUGGCAACAAGCUCGAGGACCCCGUCAUUGGCAAGCUUGCUGAGAAGUACGGCAAGACCCCCGCGCAGAUCCUCCUCAACUGGAACGCCGCCAAGGGCAACAUCGUCCUCCCCAAGUCUUUGACCGCCCACCGCAUCAAGUCCAACUUCGAGUCUUUUGACUUCGAACUCUCCCCUGAGGACGUCCAGGUCAUUGACAACCUUGAGGAGGGCUACAUCACCGGCUCUCUCCACAAGACCGAGGACUAA